AUAUUCAUCUCUCUCUCUCUCUGUCCCUCUCUCUCUAUUAUAUAUAUGUGCAUAUAGACACACAUAUCCAACAUUAUUAUUACCUUAAUUUGGUGGAAUGAACCAUAUAUAGCAUACCAUAUCUUCUUUCUUUUCUUUUCUCUCUCUCUCUCUCUCUCUCUCUGAUCAUCUUUCUCUGCAUGACUCCUCCACUCUAUGUGAUGAACCCACCACCCUCCUCACCUUUUCCUCUUGUAGAGUCCUCAAAGGAAGACCAUCACCAAGUACUUCUUCAACUACCUUUUGCUCCACAACAGCAGCAAUUACCAGCAGCUGCAUCUUCUGAUCUCUCCUUUUAUAUUUCCCUCACCUACUCAAAUCAACAAGAUCAAAGAGGGACCAUCAGUACUAACCCCGCAGAGUUACAAGUAUAUGAUCACGAGCACAAGACUGAAAAGUGCAGUUAUCCCAAUCAUCAUGGUGGAUCAUCAAGUACUGAUCAGCUUCAAGCAUUCUCAUCAUCUUCUACUGAUCCACUUCCACACAUGAACGUUAACGAUGGUGAUCACAGCAAAGACCGCUAUGAUCAAAACGGAAGCGCUGAUAUUGAUCAUAGCAGUAAUGGGUCAAAGUGGAUGUCCUCAAAGAUGAGGCUGAUGCAGAAGAUCAAGAACAAUUCAAAUUCCAAACCUGCUGCAAGAAUAGUGCAAGGGUCUCAGCAGAAGGACAACAAUAUUAGUAACGGUCAGAAGAUCAAUUCUCCCAACAACAGUAGCAGUAGUAGUAGUAGUACUACUACUACUACUAGAGUCUGCUCCGAUUGUCACACUACUAAAACCCCUUUAUGGAGGAGCGGCCCCCAAGGCCCCAAGUCACUAUGCAACGCCUGUGGGAUUCGUCAGAGGAAAGCUAGAAGAGCGGCGAUGGCAGCAGCAGCAGCUGCCGAAGGAGCAGUCCAUGCUGGUGAUCGCAUACUAUCUAUGCCUGUGGUGACUAAUAAGCACAAGGUAGUGCAAAAAAAGGAGAAGAGAUCAUCCCGGAAGAGAAACAAUGAGCGAUUCAAGAAACAGAUCCAUUGUCGCGGUUCGAAGGAGCUUGUCUUCGAUAACUUCGCUCUAAGUUUGAGCAAGAAUUCAGCUUUUCGACGAGUAUUCCCACGCGAUGAGGAAGAAGCUGCGGUCCUGCUCAUGGCACUGUCUUGUGGCCUAGCUUAAUCGUUCCAAGCUAGUUAAAAUAUUUUUUGACCCAUUGAUUUGCUUCUCUUGAUUUUUUCUUUUCUUAUCUUAGGACUCUCAUGAUCCAUAUCUUGAGGGUGUGUGUGUGUGGAGAGGGAGAGAGAUGAGAUAUCUUUUAGUUAAGCACAUAUGGGGUAGACUAAAAUAUGGUUUGCUUCAUUUCUGCUAGUGUUUGAGUGAAGAAUAAGAUAAUAAAAUAUCCCAGGUUUUCUAGCUAGCGCUAUA